CAAACAUGUUGCAGACCAUCUCAUUAUUACCAACCUACAAUAAGCCACACGUGGCCAUGUUUCUCCAUCCACACCAUUCAUCUUCAUCGUCGUCGUUACCAUGUGGCCACGUGUCUCCAGUGACUCAUGGCGGGCUCAUCAUGAAUCCGCAGAAGCGUCUCCGGUCAUUCUCGACCAAUAUGAAAUGCAGUAGAACUAAUAGUAUGACUGAUGAUAUCAUCAUCAGAGAUGGGCAAAGAAUAGUGAUGAGUGAAUAUUUCGAUGUUCAGCUCAAAGUUCGUGAUUAUGAGUUCGAUCAGUAUGGUGUCGUAAACAACGCUGCUUACGCAAGUUAUUGCCAACAUGUAAUGCGACAUCACGAAGGUGAUGGUGGGGCAGAUCCUCCUUGAGAUCCAACACAUAUAGAGGCUGACUGUGAGAG